AAAAAACGGUCACAAACGGAAACAAGCCGCAGAUAAUUGUUUACAUCUUCAACAAAUCUUCCAAACUCGCACCAAAGCGGAGACGAAGAAGAAGAAGAAGCAAAACGACCAAGCGAGCGAACACUCACUGGCGCACAUCGAGCCAACACCCCCCCCCACCCUCCUCUUUGUUGACAGAAAUGGACCAGCUCACGAUUCACCCCACUGCGGUCGUGUGCCGUGGUGCUGUAUUGAAAGGAAAUGUGACGAUUGGGCCCGGCACUGUCGUUCAUCCAACCGCAACCAUCGUGGCAGAGGGCGACACAGCCAUUGAUAUUGGCCGCGACAACAUGAUCGAGGAACAAACGGUGCUCAGAACCAGUGCAGAGAAUGGGAGCGGGACCAUGAUGAUCAUCGGGGACAACAACGUGUUUGAGAUUGGUGCUGGUGCGUUUGCGGGAACGACACCAGCUGCUGUUGUUGCCCUUGUUCACUUGCACGAUUCCACCACGACCAUGCUUUCAACUGCCCACAGUGAGUUGGAGGAUCACACGAUUGUGUAUGGGCCGCGAAACGAAACGCGCGUUGACCCCGUUCACAUUCAGCCAGAAACAUUCAAGGAGGAACUGAAGUUGUUGCAGGAAUCGUUGGGAAAGUACCAUCCCAUGAUACAGCCAUGACGCUCGCGUGGUUGAAUGCGUGUGUUUGUGUGUUUAUAUGUGGUCACGUGUGCGUGUUUCGUGGGGUUAUUUGAAUUGAUUCCUUCCUUUCUUGCUGCGCAGUUGUUACAUAUUGCGUGUGCGUGCUGUUGUGCAAAUACAAUAACACACACGCACGCAUGCGCACUCGCGUCACAUCCGCACUUCAUCGACGUGUGUGUGUGUGUGUGUGUGUGUGUGUGUGUGUGUGUGUGCGGGUGUGUGUGUGUGUGUGUGUGGGUGUGUAUGUGGGUGUGUGAACGGGGCGCGUGAAUACUUUGCGUGAUCGUCACAUUCAUGGUUGUGUCGGGGUAACAAACGGGACAAUGGGCAAUGAUACAUCCAAAGGGAAAAAAAGGGUGGACAUUGUGUGAAGAACAUU